UUAGUCUUCAGAUUUUGAAAACAAAUUUUAUUCAGCUUCUGUUCUCAUGAAUUUCUCUUUUCAAUUUUGUGCAAAUUAUUAAAGUUAUUCGUCUCAACUGAAAAUAAAGUGAACCCCCGAUGUGUGAGGGUCAAACAAAGAGCUGAUGAGAGCAGCGGCUUCAUGUGUUCAUCAGGCCCCGCCCCAAACACUGGCCCUGGACCAAUCAGAGAGCUGGGAGCCGGUCUGGACGUAGACGGACUGGACCGGGUCAUCUGAACCAGAGAAGUUUCAGAGUUACCCACAACCCGACUGGACCUGAUGGUUCUGCAACCUGGAGCUUCAUCCUCCUCCUCUUCCUCUCAGGUUUCCUUUAAUUACUUUAAGCGUGCGCGUCGGAUCGAUCGCUGCUCAGGAAGUGUUGCUGCAGACAUCAGAGGAGCCGCUCCGCGAUCGAUCAGCUGCAGCAGCCAAUCAGCAAACAGCAGGGGGAGGUGGGGAGGGGCGGCCAGCUGAGGCUCAGAUCGAUGCGGGAGGAGGAGACGCCGCAGAGCCUCAGCUCCUCUUCAUCCUCUUCCUCAGAGCGGAGAGGAGCCGCGCGGAGCAGGACGCCGAGCCGCGGGCUUUUAUUCUGAAAAACGCGCCCCAGCUGAGGAAAACAUGCUGCUGCUGGUGCUGGGCGUCGCCAUGGCAACGGCAGGGUCAGGGGUCAGCGCGGCGCGAGUGGUGAGCGGUCAGACGGUGUGUGUGGGAGGAGCCGAGCGUCCCUGCUACAAGAUGGCGUAUUUCCACGACGUGUCGAGCCGCGUGGCGUUCGGCGAGGCGAAGCAGGCCUGCCUCAUGGACGGGGGGGCGCUCCUGAGCGUGGAGAGCCAAUCAGAGCAGAGCGACGUGGAGCACCUGCUGCAGGCGCUGCGUUCAGGAGCAGUGGGCGGAGCCAAAGGUGGAGGCGGGAUUUCUGACGGGGAUUUCUGGAUCGGCCUGACUCGGGGGGGCGGAGCCAACCACACCUCGACCCCAUGCCCUGACCUGUACCAGUGGACUGACGGCAGCGUGGCCACCUUCAGGAACUGGUACCUGGACGAGCCGUCGUGCGGUGGCGAGGCCUGCGUCGUCAUGUACCACCAGCCCAGCGCGCCCCCUGGGCUGGGCGGGGCUUAUCUCCACCAAUGGAACGACGACCGCUGCAACAUGAAGCACAACUUCAUCUGCAAGUAUCAGCCAGCUGUGACUGCAGGUGGAGGCGUGGUGACCCAGGCGGACGGUGGUGGCAGCUUCCCCCCUCAGGUGGCUGUGGCAGGAUCUUCAGGAAUGCUGCUGCUGUACGUGGUGAUUCCCACCAUCCCACUGCUGCUGCUCAUCCUGGUGGCUUCAGGGACCUGCUGCUUCCAGACGCUCAGCAGGAGUCGUCCUCGGACCAAGACCCCCGCCGACCAAUCAAACCUCUGGAUCGCCACGACGCCCCAACCCGACGGCAUGGAAGUGUGACAUCACUGUGAUGUCAGCAGUAGAUCAGUGAUGUCAGAGACUUUUAGUUUGUUACUUUGGUUGAAACAGUUUCCUGUUUGGCUCCUCCCUCCUCCUGUGACUCCGCCCCCUCAGCCUGAGUUAAAGGGGGCGAAGUCAGAGUGAUGUCACAGUGAGUGGGUGGAGCUUGUCUGUUGUAACUUGUUCUGUUGUGAGAAUCUCUGGCGCCUCCUGCUGGAUAGAAGAGGAGACGAAGUACGGAGCAAGCAGAGGGACAAACUCCCAUGAUGGUGGGUUCGAGGGGAGUCCGACGUUUGGACGGCAGGGAGCUGCUGCUGCGUUUCUGUGGUUCUGAUGCAUGAAGCUUUGAUGUUUAAUAAAAAAUGUUCCAUCA